ACAUAGCUCGAUUGAUAUAUGCUGAUUUGUGAAAAUAUGCAAAAUACGAGUAUGAUAUAUUGUGUAAAAUGAAUACUGUGUAAAUAGUAAAACGUGUCUAUACGUGAUUAUGAUAAAUUCUUGUUUUUUUUUACCAUUUUACAGAGUGAUAGUUGAAAUCUUAUUUUACGGUUAGUACUUUCGGAUAAUUUGAACAGAAAGGAUUCGACUAAUUGACUGUAACGAAAAUAUAAAUAUAUGUAACUUAGUUUAGCCGGUGAAGACAAUAUAGAUUGAUUGUAAACAUAGAUAGUGGCUUAAAACGUUAUACAAUAAAAUAAUAAUUAAUCAUCAAAAUAUAUAUGUAUGUUCAAAAAAGCGCAUGGGCGAUGAAAAACGAGGUGCAAUAAUAAUAUCCAACUUUUCAAGAUCAACUGCCGACUGCGUUAUGUGAAACUUUCCUCUAAUUAUCUGUACUUCUUUUUCUUAGUGGAGAAAAAAAAAAAAAAAAUGAGGAACCAGCGAAUUAGAUUUCUUGUGCUGUAACAAGUGUAUGAGUAUAAUUAUAAAUUUCUACCCUUACUGCGACAAGUUCACCAUAGCGCAGACUCUCAGUCUGCAAUUAAAAAAAUCUGUUUCAAUUUUCGAACGUAACUGAAAAGUUUAUAUGUAUAAAUUCAAUACUGAGUUACAAAUUAGUAGAGCACUGAUCGAUAUACUGUAAAAAUAUUAUUUUUCUUCCACAUUAGAAUAAUUACAGGCAUCAGAUAUUUACCUAAUUAACAACUUACGCUUCUCUUUCACAUAAUUUACGUCGUAUUAUUGCUUCGCUUUGACAAUGAAGUAAAGAUACUCGUGGAAUAUUGUCUCUCAACAUUCAAGUGAUGACUUACUAGAGUUUCUAAAGGUUAUAUAUGAAACUAAUUUUUCGAGAUAUACAUAGAUGUAAAGUUUUAUUACAAAUAACUCAAUCGAAGUUGACUCACAUAAUAUUUCCAACCAUUCCUACUUUGAUAGAACAGUGUUCAAACAAAAAUUCUGUAUUUGGAACGCGGUUCAAAUACAUAUUACAUACACUUUCAAAUCUUUGAAAUCUCAAUGAAAAUUUCGUAACACUAAUUCUUACGAUAUAAAGUUAAAUAAAUGUUUUCAAAUGCUUUCAAACUUUCUCAAAAUGUGUUCCAAAAAUUAUAUAAUAUUUAUUUUCAUUACCGCGUAUCGAGUACGAGAUAUAAUGAAAAUAAAGAUGUAAUAACAUUCCUUGUAAUUAAAAAAAAGUAGUGAAAUGAGUUCGGUGCGUUUUGCUGAGUGAUAAAAAUCUACGUCAUGAAAAUGUGUAGCGAAAAUCUUUUUUCCUUGUGACUAAAAUGUGAUGCCCAAAAAACUAUAUGCCGAAUAAGGAGAUUGUAUAGGAUCAAAGGAAAAUGUAUUUUUCACAUAUUGACGCCUUGUUAGAGAACACCCAUGUAUUCAUUAAUUGAAUUAAGUGUAAAAAAUUUUAUCGUGAAAUUAAUCAUUUUUGCUGAAAAAGAACACUCAAAACAACAACAAAAUUAAAAAAGUUGAAAAUUGCAUACAAAACUAUUAUAUGUAUAUACAGGUUAUAUUUAACAUUACAUUUCCGUUAGAAUUAUUUUUAUAUUAUCUGUCCAAUAGAAUCGUUAUUGUGUAAGGUAUACGCAUACGUUUUAUGCUUUGGCUGACUAUGCUCAUAUAAGAUGAAAGCUAAAAAUUGAAAAAUAAAAAAAGAAAUUUCUGAACUCUAAAGGUAAUAAUAGUAUAGCGGUCUCAAUAAUAACAAUAAUAAUAUUUUGAAGGAUAAUAAUCGUUUAUAAAUUUAUGACAUCGUUUUACAGUUUCUAUAUAAGCAUAUUCACUGUACCGGCAAAGAAAUUGAAAAACAAAUAAAUUAUAGUAAUAAGAAAAAUAUUAAUAUUAACAAUAAGAACAUAUGUAUGUGCGCACGUAAAAUAAUGAUUAGUAAUAUCGUAUUGUGAAUAUGUGUUUGACCAAUAUUCGAUAUACUCUGGUUUUGGUUAUAAACUUAUAUAAAAACAUCAAUGUAAAUAAAAUUUGUUAUUUAAGACGAUCAAAGAUUCUUUACGAUUUCCUAUAUACCGUGCCGUUUAUUUUUUUAUUAUACUAUAGAAUAUAACAACAAAUAAAUCUUCAUACAUAUUUAACUAAAAUUUGUCCCAAAUUCGUUCUAAAUCUCUCGAUAUUGAUUCUGUGACCCUGUUAACACAGAUAACCAUAUAUAGGAACCCUACAAAUUCCUAUAUCUAUUCAUUGCCAUGGAUGCGGAUCAACAAAGUGCCAUACCACCACACUCCGCGUCUGUGUAACAAUCCAAAUACCUUUGCAAGGGACAUUUUCUUGUGCCACAUUCGUCAAGAGUAGCCGGGCUCCAAUGACAAUGGAGAAGAAGAAAAGAAAUUGCUUCAUCCAGCACACGUACUGUCGAUAAUGCCAGGAUUUUGAAAAAAAAACACAAUCAUUAACUCAAGAAAAGUUUGAUCAUUUUUCAGAAAAAAAAAAUUCAUAACACCCCGAAGCUAAUCACAAAGCAUGAUGGAGAUGGAAAUAUCCAGUGAAGUUGGAAAGGAUGGCGGAAGCGAAGACGGCGAACGAUCUUCGUCCCGAAGUUCCGCAGGAAGUACUUUUUGCGCCUUGGAAGAGGAUUACGCAAAGAUCCUUAAAGAGAUGAAAAAGAACACAGCAUUGGCAGCCUUCGAGACUGAGUACACAAGAUUAUUCGACGCAUUGUAUACGACCCAUAGAAACGAACAACGUCUAGAAAACGAAUGCGAGGACCUUCAGGAAGAAAUUGAUGAGUGCAAAACUCAAUUAACUGUUGCGGAAAAACAAGCUGAAUUAUACCGUACGAAAAUCGAGGAACUGAAGGAAGACAUCGAAAAUGCUUUGAAAUUAGCGGACGCAGCUCACGGUCGAGAACAAGCGGCUCAGGAAAAGAUUGCCAGUCUACGUUUGACGGCAAAAAAAUUGAGCGAUGAGUUGGAACAGAAGAACAGACAACAUGGGAUGGAAGAAAAAGGCACGGCAAUCAGCAAGCAGAAGGAAGGUCUGCUUAAAGAGCGUGAAAAAAUGCUGGUUGAGAUCGACGGAUUGCGCCAACGUAUCGCGAAUGCUGUAACAGUGAACGAGGAACUCGAAAGAAAGAACAGCUUGGUCGAUCACAAGAUGUUAGAGCUCCAGGACACUAUAGAAACGCAGACUAAUGAUUUCUCGAAGGAACGCACUGCGAGAGAACGAGCCGAACAGACUAUUCUGGACUUGCAAGAGGAAUUGAGAUUGAAGAAUGUUGAUUUGCAGAACACGACCAACAUGUUGAAAAACUGUACCGCAAAUGUGGCCAAACUUGAAAGCACGGUGAAAGAACAAAAACUUGCGGCUGAAAAACUGCAGAAGCAAAUUGAACAAUUCAUGGUUAAAAGAUUGAACGCUCAGGCUGAGAUUGAUAACCUGAACACGCAGCUGGACGAAAUGAGUAAAGAGAAUAUCGAAAGAAUUAAAAAAAUAAAGGCCGUAGAUCUGGAGAACAACAGGUUGGUCAGCGAACUUGAGAAGUUGAAGUCCCAAAAAGAGGGUGCAGAAAAAAAGCUGUUCAAAGCUGAGUCUGGCAAGGCGAAGUUGGAAGCUGAAUUGCACAAAGCAAAAUCUGUGAUGCAAUCAAUGGAAGCGGACAUGGACAGGUGGAUAAAGAAAUCUGACAGUGAUAAGAGAGCUCUGGAAGUGAUGCGUCGAGAGAAGGACUUGAAGAAUAAGGCCUUGACGACCGCGAGGUCGAACUUGAAGAAACAGGGCCUGUUGCUAAAAGUGCAGGAGCAGGCGAAAAUAAAGUUGGAAUCGGAGAUCAAAGAAUGCGUGACCAAUAAUCAGGCGUUAAAAAAGACUGAACAGUAUCUGGAAAAGGAACGGGACAAGUACAUCAUAGAGGUUCAAGAAUUGGCUCAAAAAGUUGAGAAUCAAAUCGAUUUGGUCAAAACAAAGCAGAUGGAGAUAUUUGAUUACAAGAAACGUUUGGCCGAGGCCGAAACCAAGUUCAGGCAACAACAGAACUUAUUCGAAGCCGUACGUGCUGACAGAAAUACUUGCAGCAAAUCUCUGAUCGAGGCACAGGACGAAGUGCUUGACUUGAAGCAGAAAUUGAAAAUCAUGAGCAAUCAAAUUGAGCAGCUCAAAGAAGAGAUUUCCACCAAAGAGUCUAACCUGAUCAAAGAAGAAUUCCUGCUCGGAAAAGCAGAGAAAGAGAAGGACGCCCUGAAAGUGGAACUGCAGACGGCUCACAAAGACAUAUCAACUUUACGACACGAGAUUGAGGAACGAAAAUUGGAGGAAAAAAGACUGAGGCGGACGCUCCAAACUGCAGAGAACGAUUUGGCUCGGCACAAGAAAGAAAUUGAAAUGAUAAUGAACGAGCGGGAUAUUCUCGGCACUCAGUUGGUCAGGCGAAACGAUGAACUGAGCCUUCAAUACAGUAGAUUGAAAAUUUUCCAAAGUACUAUUCGGAGAGGGGACGCUCAGUACGCCCAGAGAUUAGAAGACAUAAGAUUACUAAAACUAGAAGUCAAGAAAUUGAGAACUGAAAAAGCCCUUCUCUCCAAGAGUAUUAUGAACGUCAGCGAUUUGAGACAAGAAAUAUUUCACUUGGAUAGAGAUUUGACUCGAGAAAAGCUGAAGGUCAUGGCUCUGGAAGAGGAAGUACAAAACCCAUUGAACAUUCACAGGUGGCGAAAAUUGGAGGGCUCCGAUCCGGAGACGUACGAACUCUUGUCGAAAAUUCAAAUACUACAAAAACGCGUGCUAAAAAUGUGCGCAGCGAUGAUUCAGAAGGAGAAAAAGAUAAAGGAAGGUGAAAAACUGUACAUGAAUUUACGAGCCGUUUUAUCUAAACAACCAGGUCCUGAGGUGAUAAUUAGCUUGCAGAAAACGCAAAAGGCACUGCGAGAAAGAGGAAAGAAGAUGAAGUGUCUCAUCGCGGAAUUGAACAUGAGUGAGUCACAGGUAAACGAGUACAAAUUUGACCUUGAAAGAAUGAACUCGGAAAUGUGCUCGUUAAAGAAUAAACUUUACGUUCAAAAGAAGAAAGAGCAACGAACCAACGAAGCAAAAAUCAUCGAUCUAUCCGAACCGAUUUUACCCCCGGUUCCUAUUUGUCACAAAAAGUUUUGCGGUGGCGGUUUCAACAUGACCGUUCCAACGCCGCGAAACUGUUACGCGAUAGAAUCUGCUAAUUUUUAUAAAUAAUAACCGCAACGAGAUAAAUCUCAGCAAAGAAA